CUCAGCGGCAUCAACAUGUCCCGGCCCAGCAGCAGAGCCAUUUACCUGCACCGGAAGGAGUACUCCCAGAACCUCGCCUCAGUGCCCAUGCCCCUGCAGUACAGGGUGGAGCACCUGAUGACGUGUAAGCUGGGGACUCAGAGAGUCCGGGAGCCCAAGGAUGCUCUGCAGAAACUGCAGGAGAUGGAUGCUCAGGGCCGGGUAUGGAGCCAGGACUUGCUCCUGCAGGUCGGAGAUGGCUGGCUCCAGCUCCUGGACAUCGAGACCAAGGAGGAACUGGACUCUUACCGCCUGGACGGCAUCCAGGCCAUAGAUGUGGCGCUCAACACCUGCUCCUACAACUCUGUCCUGUCCAUCACCGUGCAGGAGUCGGGCCUGCCAGGCACCAGCACUCUGCUUUUCCAGUGCCAAGAAGUGGGGGCAGAGCAGCUGAAGACCAGCCUGCAGAAGGCGCUGGAGGAGGAGCAAGAGCAAAGACCACGAUUUGGAGCCCUUCGCCCAGGCCAGGACAGAUGGAGGGGGCCUCCUCUGGAAAGGUCACUCCAUAACGAGCAGGUACCCUCUCUGGAGCGGGGGCCACCUCCAGAACAGCCCCACUGGAUGACCCCAGAGAACAACAUACCACCACCCCAAAGGCCCCUGACACGUCACUCCAGUGCCCGAGAACCAAGCAGCUUCGCUCUGCCUCCUCCAAUGCGGCCCCCAUCCCCCGAGGACCCAGAGAGGGAUGAGGAGGUGCUGAGCCACAUCCUAAGGGACAUCGAGCUGUUCGUAGAAAAGCUGAAGGAGGCCCAGGCAAAGACCAGUCGUAAGAAGAAGAAGAGACUGGGGAAGAAAAAGAAAAAGGAUCAGGGGGGGAUAACACAGGAACAGUACAUUGAUUGCUUCCAGAAGAUCAAGUACAGCUUCAACCUCCUGGGGAAGCUGGCUAUCAGGCUGCAGGAGACAAGUGCCCCUGAGUUCAUACACAUCCUCUUCCAAACUCUGGACUUUAUCCUGACCCAGUGCCCUGAGCCUGGCCUAGCAGCCCAAGUGACCUCACCCCUCCUCACCCCCAAAGCCAUCGACCUGCUGCAGUCCUGUCUGAGCUCAUCUGAGAGUAACCUCUGGAAGGGGCUGGGUGUGGCCUGGACUACCAGCCGGGCCGACUGGACAGGCAAUGAGCCCCCACCCUACCAACCCACAUUCUAUGACGGUUGGCAGCCUCCAACACCCUCCAACCAGGCACCCUCAGGAUACCAGGACUCUCCUUCCCUCCACCCUAGGUUAGGGAGCACCUCACACUUUGCUCAAGAGGAGACAUACAACCAUGGCCCUCAACCUGGGGACCCCAACUUCAGGCCCUCCAGCCCCGGACCUGUCAAGCCAACUCUGAAAAUGCAAGUUCUAUAUGAGUUUGAAGCUAGGAACCCACAGGAACUGACUGUGGUCCAGGGAGAGGUGCUGGAGGUCCUGGACCAGAGCAAGCGGUGGUGGCUGGUGAAGAAUGAGACAGGACAGAGCGGCUACAUUCCCAGCAACAUCCUGGAGCCCCUGCAGUCGGGGGACCCUGGGAGCCAGAGCCAGUUGCCCCAUCGGGCUCCAAUGCUUCGACUUAGCUCCAGGCCUGAGGAGGUCACGGCCUGGCUGCAGGCAGAGAACUUCUCUACCUUCACAGUGAAGACCCUUGGGCCCCUGACAGGGAGCCAGCUGCUUCACAUGAGACCUGGGGAGCUACAGAUGCUGUGUCCACAGGAGGCCCCACGGGUCCUGGCACGGCUGGAGGCCGUCAGAAGGAUGCUGGGGAUGGGCCCUUAGGCACCAACCCAGACACCUCCAAGACCAAGGCCCUCUCACAAACAAGAUGGCAGAUCCGAUACUCUUCAGAGUCCCAAGAAUUCCUCUUUCAGGUCCCCAGUUUGCAGCAAACUCCACACACCAGCUCACACAGCAAAGAGGAUGAGCAAGCCCAGAGGUUGAGAAAAAUGGUGCCCUUCUUGCUGUGUUGAGAGGCCUCCUGAGUUACCACUUAUUUAUUGUAUCUCUUUUCUAAGCCUGGAGCACUUAUGCACAGAUUUGUCAAGGCUGUUUAGUCCUUCUCCUCCAGAAUAAAGGCAUCUUCAAGCUUG